CACACUAUCGGUUCGCCACGUAUCUAUCCACGUGUAUAACAUGAUACAACCCCACCAAAACACUCAACACGUCUCACCACUCUCUCUGUCCAACUUCAUCUUCCGACCACCGUUAACCACCAUGAACAACCCACCAAACCCCCACAACAACAACCUCACCAUCAACAUCAACCUCGUACACCUCCCUCACCUAACCAACACCCUCCCCAACCUCCAACCACAUACCACCCCAUUAGACCACAACCACUUCUACCACCCCUCCAACGAAUUCUACCUCUCCGAAUCCGACGUCAUCAUCCGCCGGACCCUUUUCGACCUCUCCAGACCCUCCCCCUCCUCCCACUUAGCCUACCACCGUGCAGGCCCCCGCAAGAACAUAUUUUACCAGCCUGAAAAUGUUCGGGCUGCUAUUGUUACAUGCGGGGGCCUGUGUCCCGGACUUAAUACGGUUAUCCGGGAGCUGGUGGUGGGGCUGUGGGAGCAGUAUGGGGUCCGGGAGAUAUUCGGGAUCAAGGCGGGUUACCGCGGGUUUUAUUCGAUGGAGCCGGUUAGGCUUGAUGUGAAAAUGGUUCAUAAUUGGCAUAAGAGAGGUGGGACUGUGCUUGAGACUUCUAGAGGUGGUUUUGAUCUUGAUAAGAUUGUUAAUGCCAUUGAAGAUCAUGGAUAUAAUCAGGUAUACAUAAUAGGGGGAGAUGGAACCCUACGGGGAGCAGUAAAGAUAUUCAACGAAAUCAAGCGUCGGAAGUUGUAUGUUGGUGUCGCUGCAAUUCCCAAAACAGUAGAUAACGACGUCGGAAUCAUCGACAGAUCAUUCGGGUUUCAGACGGCCGUGGAGAAGGCCCAGCAAGCAAUUAGUGCGGCUCACGUGGAGGCCGAGAGUGCACCCAAUGGCAUAGGCCUGGUUAAACUUAUGGGUCGAAGCACAGGCCACAUUGCUCUUUACGCAACCCUAAGCAGUCGCGACGUCGACUGCUGUUUAAUACCUGAAAAUGACUUUUACCUUCACGGAAAAGGCGGACUCUUCGAGUUUCUUGACGACCGGUUGAAACAAAACGGGCAUGCUGUCGUGGUGGUUGCCGAAGGGGCCGGUCAGGAUAUGAUUCCACGAACCGAUGAGCAGAAACAAGAGCGAGAUGAAUCUGGGAAUCCAGUGUUUUUAGAUGUAGGGGUGUGGUUGAAAUCGGAGUUGAAGAGCUGGUGGAGUAAGGAUCAUGAGGGUGAGUUGUUUACCGUCAAGUAUAUCGAUCCUACAUACAUGAUCCGAGCGGUUACGGCGAAUGCGACUGAUAACCUUUACUGCACGCUCUUGGCACACUCGGCAAUUCAUGGUGUCAUGGCUGGGUACACCGGGUUUGUAGCCGGACCGAUCAAUGGUAACUAUGCGUAUAUUCCGAUGGAAGAGAUUGCGGUCACCAAGAAUCCAGUGGACACCAAAGAUCAUAAAUGGGCAUGGGUUAGAUCCGUCACUACACAACCCGAUUUCCAGAGGAAUUGAUGCACAAGUUUGUUGGUGCUAGCUAGCUAAAUCAUACCCAUAAUGAUCCUGUGUUUAAAGUAACAUUUCAUAUGUGCUUUUCUUAGUUAAUAUUGUUGGUGUACUAGCUUACCAUACUGAUCAUGUUUAAGAUUACUAAAUGGGGCAACUAACUUUUAAUA